AAUAAGGUGAAUAGAACGCAUCCUAACUAACUAAAAUUUCCGAUUUCACUUGUAUAAAAAGUACUUCCAACCAAAAAAUAAAUCAAUUUAAGGCGGGAAGAAAAACAUCCCCGCUAAAAGCACAAACGCGAUCGUUUAAACCCAAAGUCUUUUUCAUUUAUAACGGUUUUCCAACGACCAUACAACCAUUAUACGUCGUCGUAUUAUGAUCCCCCUUCUGCCGUCGAUUUCCAAAGAAUUAUCAUCCACAGCAGAAAUAUAGAACAAAAAUUAUACGGAGUAGAGAUAAUUAUGUAAACAUAAAUAAAUACUCAGAAAUCGGGAAAUUAUUAUGAAAUACUCCGUAUUGUUUUGAUAGGUGAAAAAAUGGAGAUGUCAGGAACUCUAAUUAGCCCAUGCUCCAAAGAAUCACUAGUAAUAUAUCAAGAUUGGUUUAAUUUUGCAGAUUCUGAUGGAGAUGGUCGACUAACCGGAAAUGAUGCAAUUAAAUUUUUUGGAAUGUCGGAUUUGCACAGAGAAGAUCUCAAACAGGUGUGGGCAAUAGCAGAUGCCAAAAGACAAGGAUUUCUCGGUCUUCAGGAGUUCAUUACUGCCAUGCAGUUAGUUUCAUUGGCACAAUCUGGGCACACAAUUACUCAAGAUCUCCUGACUUCUGAAUUUGAUUGGGAGAAUGUCAAACCUCCUUCCAUGCAGGAUCUUAAUAAAAAACUUGCAAAAAAGAAGAGCAAAAUCAAAUCAGAAUCAAUAAGUGAGAGUAUGAAACUCCAGCCCUCAAGAUCAUCAAAUUGGUUUACAUCAUCAAGAUCUUCAAAAAAGAUACAACUAUCCUCCGUUACAUCUAUAACUGAUGGACUAAAGACGUUGUAUAAUCAGAAGUUGAAGCCAUUGGAGACGAGUUAUCUUUUCAACGAUUUUGUAUCACCUUUAUUAACAAACAGUGAUUUUGAUGCGAAGCCUAUGGUCAUGCUCUUGGGACAGUAUUCCACCGGAAAGACAACUUUCAUCAAACACUUGCUAAAAAGUAGUUAUCCAGGAGCUCAUAUCGGACCAGAGCCAACCACAGAUAGAUUUGUUGUCGUUAUGUCUGGUCCUGAUGAAAGAAGUAUUCCAGGGAACACAGUUGCUGUUCAAGCAGACAUGCCAUACAACGGUCUCACAUCAUUUGGGACUGCCUUUUUGUCAAAAUUUGAGUGUUCUCAGAUGCCACACCCACUGUUGGAGCAUUUCACUUUGGUGGAUACACCAGGGGUUUUGUCAGGAGAGAAACAACGAACACAAAGGAGCUAUGACUUCCUUGGUGUAACAUCUUGGUUUGCUGCUAAAUGUGACCUUAUCUUGCUGCUUUUUGAUCCCCAUAAACUCGAUAUAAGUGAUGAAUUUAAGCUUGUUAUCUCCUCUCUACGCGGUCAUGAUGACAAGAUCCGUGUUGUUUUGAACAAAGCAGAUCAAGUGGACACCCAGCAGUUAAUGAGGGUUUAUGGAGCCUUGAUGUGGUCACUUGGGAAAGUUCUGAAUACUCCAGAGGUUACCCGUGUUUAUAUUGGAUCAUUCAACGACAGACCAUCGAAUGAAGCCAUUGAUGGUCCAAUAGGCCGAGAGCUUUUGGAGAAGGAACAUAAUGACCUUAUGGCUGAUCUCAAAGAUAUUCCAAAAGAGGCUUGUGAUAGGAGAAUUAACGAAUUCGUGAAGCGUGCUAGGGCAGCAAAGAUUCAUGCGUAUAUUAUAGGCCAUCUCAAGAAGGAGAUGCCUGUAAUGAUAGGCAAGGCUAAGACUCAACAAAGGCUUAUUGAUAACUUGGAAGAUGAAUUCAGAAAGGUCCAGAGGGAGUUUCACUUACCUGCAGGAGACUUCUCGAAUGUGGAGCACUUCAGAGAGGUUCUUAACGGUUAUAACUUCGAUAAGUUUGAAAAGUUAAAACUACAAAAGAUACAAGCAGUUGAUUACAUGUUGAGCUAUGAUAUCCCUGAACUUCUUAAGUCUUUCAGAAACCCGUAUAAUUGAUUAUAUAUUGAACUUGAUAGAAAUGGAUGUUGCUGCUAUAUGAACUGAGAAAAGCUUUUACAGGAUGAUCUGAGGAUCCAAUUUUGCUUCCAUGUCAUUACAUUUAUAUUUACAUUAAGGAAAGAAGGGGAAUCUGCCAUUGUAUAGCAUUUUUUUUUUAUCAGUUGGAGUUUUGGCUUUUUGAAAGGCUUAUUCUUGAAUUGGAGUGAUUAUGUUCAUUUUUAAAGUUAGUUUAGCAAAAUAGAUUAAAUUGUACUUCAUGUUGUAAAACAUGUCAUUACGUACUUUCAUAGAAUUUAUUAAAGUUAGUUU